AUAACUGGGUGCUCUGUAUUUCAGGUGGGUGACCAGAACCAGCUAGAGGCCCACAGGAGGCAGAAGGUGUUGUGCUCCUUACACAGAGGACGCAUACUGCACUACCUCGAUGUGGGGCACAGAGUCCUAUGGAGGCCCCAGAUCUUCUUCUGCGACUGGUGAAGCCGUGGAUUCCACUACCUCCUCUGCUGCCAUCAUGGAUGGAUCCUCUGCCUUGAUCUCAGGAGCAGGUACCUCCUAUUUAACAGACAUUGUCUGGUGGGCUGGCACUAUUGCAAUGGCUGUUGGCCAGAUUGGGAACUUCCUGGCGUAUACUGCAGUUCCCACAGUCCUGGUGACUCCUCUGGGUGCCCUUGGAGUGCCUUUUGGGUCCAUUUUAGCUUCUUAUCUUCUGAAGGAAAAGCUCAACAUCUUAGGCAAGUUGGGAUGUCUGCUGAGCUGUGCAGGCUCUGUUGUACUGAUUAUACACUCCCCAAAGUCCGAGAGUGUCACAACACAGGCUGAGCUGGAGGAGAAGCUGACCAAUCCAGUGUUUGUGGGCUACCUAUGCAUCGUGUUGCUCAUGCUGCUGCUGCUCAUCUUCUGGAUUGCUCCGGCCCACGGGCCUACCAACAUCAUGGUCUAUAUCAGCAUCUGUUCCUUGCUGGGGAGUUUCACAGUGCCAUCUACCAAGGGCAUUGGACUGGCAGCGCAGGACAUCUUGCACAACAACCCAUCCAGUCAGAGAGCCCUGUGCCUGUGCCUGGUGCUCUUGGCUGUGCUGGGCUGCAGUAUCAUCGUCCAGUUCAGGUACAUCAACAAGGCACUGGAGUGCUUCGAUUCCUCUGUGUUUGGAGCCAUCUACUAUGUAGUAUUCACCACACUGGUCCUGCUGGCCUCAGCUAUCCUCUUCCGGGAAUGGAGCAACGUGGGGCUGGUCGACUUUUUGGGCAUGGCCUGUGGAUUCACAACUGUCUCUGUGGGGAUUGUCUUGAUCCAGGUGUUUAAAGAGUUCAAUUUCAACCUUGGAGAGAUGAACAAAUCUAAUAUGAAAACAGACUAGGAGGCAAGCCAGGGGGUGGGGGGAGGGGGUUCUUGAGGAGCAGACUUGGAGCUGGUCUUUGGUCUUCGUUGGAUGUAAAGUAGAAGAAACUGUCAAUCUCUGUGUUCUGAUGGUGGUCUAAUAGACAAUGGGGAGUCUGGCUUAACACCAGGACACAAACCCCAUCCAUCCCCUUGCAGCCCCAAGCUCCCAGUGGUUGUCUUGGGUAUUAUCUUUCUUUGAUAAGACAGAUUUCAUUUUCAUUAACCUGGAAGCUUUCAUGACUACUCUUUCCUUUGGAAACAUUUUUUUUAAACAUGAUUUAAUCUGAAUAUUAAGAUGAGCUCUUUUUAAUUAUAGUCUUUGCAGGAGGACAGAUGUUCUGACAUACAAGAUGACUUUGGGAAUGGGGAGGAAAAUGUCUUGACAUCUGGCUAUGUAUAGUAAAUAUGACUGAACUUG